AGCGCGCCCGCGACCUCACCAGCAGCAAGCCGCGUCUUGGCGGUGAUUGGACGGAGGGCGGCGAUUCCUUCUGGCAAGAUUCCGGUCGAACCCACGGGAGGAGCCCCGGAGAAGCUUGAGGGGUCGGCGCACACGUUAGAGUGAAGGGGAAGGAGCUAUAGGCUUCUUUCGGAAGCCUCACCACAGACCUUUUUUUUUCUCUGUGUGUUGGACGGCUGCGGUGAAAGUGGGCGACCAUGCCGGUGUUCCACACCAAGACCAUCGAGAGUAUCCUGGAGCCGGUGGCCCAGCAGAUCUCUCACCUGGUCAUCAUGCACGAAGAGGGCGAGGUGGACGGGAAAGCCAUCCCGGAUCUGACCGUGCCGGUGCAGGCGGUGCAGGCUGCAGUCAGCAACCUUGUGCGGGUUGGGAAGGAAACGGUUCAAACCACCGAGGACCAGGUGCUGAAGAGAGACAUGCCGCCUGCAUUCAUCAAGGUAGAGAACUCCUCAUCCAAACUGGUCCAAGCAUCCCAGAUGCUGAAGACUGACCCGUACUCAGUCCCUGCUCGAGAUUACCUAAUCGACGGAUCCAGAGGGAUUUUGUCUGCCACAUCUGACCUGCUGCUUACUUUUGAUGAGGCGGAGGUGCGUAAGAUCGUCCGUGUGUGCAAAGGUAUCCUGGAGUAUCUGACGGUAGCUGAAGUGGUGGAGACCAUGGAGGACCUCGUCACUUACACGAAAAAUCUGGGGCCAGGGAUGACCAAGAUGUCAAAGAUGAUUGAGGAGCGACAACAGGAGCUGACGCACCAGGAGCACAGACAGAUGCUCGUCAGCUCCAUGAGCACCGUUAAAGAGUUGCUUCCUGUCCUUAUAUCAGCGAUAAAGAUUUUCGUGGCAACCAAGAGCGGCCGAGGCACUGGCGUGGAGGAGGCCGAGAGGAACCGACUUUUCACCUUUGAGAAGAUGAGCGGCGAGAUCAACGAGAUCAUCAGAGUCCUGCAGCUCACCACGUGGGACGAAGACGCCUGGGCUAACAAGGAUAUAGAGGCACUGAGGAGAUCUUUGGCUUUGAUUGAAUCAAAGAUGAUCCAGGCUAAAACUUGGCUAAAAGACCCUUAUGGACAACCAGGAGAUCCCGGUGAGGUUGCUGUUCGUGUGAUUUUGGAUGAAGCGGGAAAGGUGGGAGAACUGUGUGCUGGGAAGGAGAGGAAAGACAUACUGGCGACACAUAAAGCUUUGAGUCAAAUGAUUGAUCAGAUUGCAGAGCUCAGAGUCAGAGGCCAAGGCCCGAGCCAGGCUUGCGUGCAGCGUGCAGGCCAUUGCUCUCAGGGCUUAGACUUGCUAUUUGGCAAAGUGGACAAUGCAGCUCGCAGACUGGAGGCUCUUAUUAACGCCAAGCAAGCCAUCGCCAGGAGGCUGGAUGCUGCGCAGGCUUGGCUGGCCGACCCUAACGGUGGUCCAGAGGGCGAGGAGAACAUCAGGGCGUUACUGGCAGAGGCCAAACGCAUCGCCGACCUGUGCGAGGACCCUAAAGACAGGGAGGACAUCCUGCGCUCCAUCAGCGAGAUCGCAGGCCUCACCGCCAGGCUUGUGGAGCUACGCAAACAGAUUAGAGCGCAGCCUCGUGUCACCAAUAUGUGGCCCAUUUUACCUGCCUGGAUGUUAUGUUGUUGCAUGUCAACGUUGGGCGUCAGUCCCACAAUAAGAGGUAAAGGUGACAGUCCGGAGGCCCGUGCAUUGGCAAAGCAAAUCGGUGCGGCCCUGCUGAACUUGCAAGCCAAAACCAACCGGGCGGUGGCCAACAUGAGGCCUGCCAAGCCUGCAGUCACUCUGGAGGGGAAAAUGGAGCAAGCGCUACGCUGGGUGGCUAACCCUGGUGUGGAUGAUAGAGGUGUAGAAUAUGAGAGACUAGAGUGGAACACAGGUCAGGCAGCAAUCAGAGGGAUGGUUGGAGAAGGAAGGAGACUGGCAGGAGGCCUGUUGGGACCUUACCGCCAGGACAUGAUGGGUCGCUGCGACCGAGUAGAGGGUCUGAUGACAUCCUUGGCAGACAUGGCAGGCAGGGGCGAGGCUGAGGCCCCCCACGCUAGAGCGACGGCUGCGCAGCUACAUGACAGCCUCAAGGACCUGAGGCAUAAAAUGCAGCAGGUGAUGACCCAGGAAGUAUCAGAUGUCUUCAGCGACACCACCACACCGAUCAAAUUGUUGGCCGUUGCUGCCACCGCUCCCGCCGACGCCCCAAACCGAGAGGAGGUCUUUGAUGAGCGGGCAGGGAAUUUUGAGGCCCACGCAGGCCGUCUCGGCGCGACUGCGGAGAAGGCGGCUGCUGUGGGAGCAGCCAAUAAGGGCACAGUAGAAGGGAUUCACGCUGCUGUCAAACAUGCCCGCGAGCUCACACCGCAGGUGACUUCUGCUGCCCGUAUCUUGUUGAAGAAUCCGGGCAACAAGGCAGCGUACGAACACUUUGACACUAUGAAAAACCAGUGGAUUGACAAUGUGGAGAGACUCACAGGUCUGGUGGAUGAAGCCAUAGACACCAAGUCUCUGCUAGACGCCUCAGAGGAAGCCAUCAAAAAGGACAUUGACAAGUGCCGAGUUGCCAUGGCGAAUGUUCAGCCCCAAAUGCUUGUUGCCGGGGCAACAAGCAUUGCGCGGCGAGCCAAUCGGGUUCUGCUGGUGGCCAAGAGGGAAGUGGAGAACUCUGAAGAUCCGCGCUUUAGAGACUCUGUGAAACAUGCGUCAGACGUCUUGUCGCACACCAUCUCACCCAUGGUCAUGGACGCCAAGGCGGUGGCUGGCAACAUACUAGAUAAAGGGCUGCAGAAGGCCUAUUUGGAUUCCUGUUUGAGGAUUUUGGCUGCAGUGGGAAAAGUCAGAGAGGCUUUCCAACCUCCAGAGCUGGACUUUCCACCUCCACCACCUGACCUUGACCAGCUCCAAGUAAGCGAUGAGCAGGCUCCGCCAAAGCCCCCCUUGCCAGAGGGUGAGGUGCCGCCCCCUCGACCUCCUCCUCCAGAAGAAAAAGAUGACGAGUUCCCGGAGCAGAAGGCUGGAGAGGUGCUCAGCGAGCCCAUGAUGGUGGCUGCCAGACAGCUGCACGACGAGGCCCGCAAGUGGUCCAGCAAAGAGGCGGUGGAGGUAGACGAUGAAGAGGAAUUUACUGACGGCGAGGAUGACUAUGAGCCAGAGCUGCUGAUGAUGCCCUCCAACCAGCCUGUCAAUCAACCCAUGCUGGCAGCUGCCCAGUCUCUCCACCAGGAGGCGCGCAAGUGGUCCAGCAAGGGUAACGACAUCAUCGCCGCCGCUAAGCGGAUGGCGUUGCUGAUGGCAGAGAUGUCCCGCCUGGUGCGCGGCGGCAGUGGCAACAAGCGAGCGCUCAUACAGUGCGCCAAGGACAUCGCCAAGGCUUCGGACGAGGUGACGAGACUCGCCAAGGAGGUGGCCAAGCAGUGCACGGACAGACGCAUCAGAACUAACCUGCUGCAGGUGUGUGAGAGGAUCCCCACCAUCAGCACUCAGUUGAAGAUCCUCUCCACUGUGAAAGCCACCAUGUUGGGUCGAACAAACAUUAGUGAAGAGGAGUCUGAGCAGGCCACCGAGAUGCUGGUCCACAACGCCCAGAACCUGAUGCAGUCCGUGAAGGAGACCGUCCGGGAAGCGGAGGCGGCCUCCAUCAAGAUCCGCACGGACUCAGGCUGCACCCUGCGCUGGGUGCGCAAGACCCCCUGGUACCAGUGAACAAAUAGUGGCGGCACACACACUUUGAAUAAAAGCGGCGAGAUAGAUCUAGAUGAUUCUCCAUCAUCCUCUGUAGAUUUGCUUCAUUUUUAACUUGUUUUCCCCUUUAGUGGAGACACCAGAUUUGGAAUAUCUAUUUUUGGUAUGUUGUGUUAAAAAAAACAAAAAAAAACAGAUUUCAGGUAGCUAAUAUAUAUUUUCUGCAUGAGAAUGUUUUCUAUUUUUUAAACGCCGACAAUGAUGCUUUGUUUAUUAAUAGUUGUAUGUGUUGUGUGCACACUGAGCUUAAAGUCACUGAUUUGAAACACUUAAGGGCGGAGCCUGGCGUGGACGGACCAGCACCUCCUCCUCUCAUGUUUACUUUCACUAUUAACGCUGCUCUGCAGGGGAAUUUAACAGUGUGAUGUCAUCACCCGUCAUGUGAUGACGAUUAUACUUGAAGAACUUUUAAGUCUUCUGGAAGUGUCUUGACUCUUAGACAAUGAUUUGUAUGAUAUAUUCAUAAAUAGUGUACGCUGGUAAAAAUGACGGGUUUUUCAAAGUAGUAAACGGUACAACUCUUCGUUAGUUAUAGUAAUGGUGUUAGUUUAUUUGGAACAUGCAUACAAUUACAAUAUGAUACAUCACGUAUUUACACUUUCCCAUUACGGUGUGUCCGAAAAGAAGUAGGAAGAAGCAGAGUUUAUUUAAUCCUACCCCAUUACGUUUCGUCGCCUUUUCUAACCCAUCUGUUUGCACUCAAUCUGAAACACAACAGUGAAUAAAUACAUAAAUGAAAAAUAAAUAAAAGUAAGUACAAAUAAAUACUGUACAUAAAGUUAUAUAAAGUUAAUAGACAUGAUAAUUAAAUUGAUGAGUCUUAAGGCAGUGGUUCUCAAACCUCAGAAAACACUUGGCUUUCCUAGUACCACCAUAAUGAUCAACAUUAAAAUACAGUAGCAUAGUAGGCCUAAGUAUUCAUUAAAAACAAGGCAACGGCUUUAUUUAACUGUAUUCGGUAUGUUUGGGCCGCUGUAACAUUACACAAAGUUUGAACCGCAACACUGGGUUUGAAUAUUCAAUUAAGUGAUUCUUUGGCGUACCACUAGAUGGAGCCUACCACAGUUUGAGAAUCACUGUCUUCGGGAAAUUGAAGCUAAAUUGAGUGCACCUCUCGACCGCAACCAGCAGAGGCGCUGGUGCGUCACUCUCGACUAGUUUGGAAAAAACACGCCACUGGCACGGAAACAGGAGUUCAGAACUAGAGAUGUCCGAUAAUAUUGGACUGCCGAUAUUAUCGGCCGAUAAAUUAUUUAAAAUGUAAUAUCGGAAAUUAUUAUCGGUUUCAAAAAGUACAAUUUAUGACUUUUUAAAAAGUCGCUGUGUACACGGACGUAGGGAGAAGUACAGAGCGCCAAUAAACCUUAAAGGCACUGCCUUUGCGUGUCGGCCCAAUCACAUAAUAUUUACGGCUUUUCACACACACAAGUGAAUGCAUGCAUACUUAGUCAAAAGCCAUACAGGUCACACUGAGAGUGGCCGUAUAAACAACUUUAACAGUGUUACAAAUAUGCGCCACACUGUGAACCCACACCAAACAAGAAUGACAAACACAUUUCGGGAGAACAUCCGCACCGUAACACAACAUAAACACAACAGAAGAAAUACCCAGCACCCCUUGCAGCACUAACUCUUCCGGGACGCUACAAUAUACACCCCCGCUACCCCCUACCCCAAACCCCGCCCCCCACCCCCAACCUCACCCACCUCAACCUCCUCAUGCUUUCUCAGGGAGAGCAUGUCCCAAAUUCCAAGCUGCUGUUUUGAGGCAUGUUAAAAAAAAGAUAAUGCACUUUGUGACUUCAAUAAUAAAUAUGGCAGUGCCAUGUUGGCAUUUUUUUCCAUAACUUGAGUUGAUUUUUUUUUUUUAAACCUUGUUAGAUUGUUUAAUGCAUCCAGCGGGGCAUCACAUCAAAAUGAGGCAUAAUAAUGUGUUAAUUCCACGACUGUAUAUAUCGGUAUCGGUUGAUAUCGGCAUCUGUAAUUAAGAGUUGGACAAUAUCGGAUAUCGGCAAAAAAAGCCAUUAUCGGACAUCUCUAUUCAGAACAUUAAUCGAAAUAGGAAAUUUAUUUGUCGCUAAUUCAGGCCCAUCCCUAAUUUUUUGUGAACAGAUUUUUAUAAGUUUUUAAUUAAAAAACACUCUUAAAUCAUGUUAAUUAAUGGCAGUGAUUUAGUACAAAACAUGUUUUGUGCUACCACAUAAUCUAAUCCAACUCAAAGACCUCACUUUUUUUGUUGCGUUUCUUACGUCGUGUUCUUUUUCGUCUGUAUGCGACACCAUGAAUGUGACAUUCAUUUAACAAUAUCUAUGACUAAUACUAAAAAAAAGAAAAAAGAAAACCCUGGUGGUUUGGUGUAAUAUGCCCAACAUUACAGGUGUUUAGGUCUUAGUAGCUACAUAUACAAUCACUUCCUUGCAUAAUCAAUACACGUCACUUUUAUCCUAAUUUAUACAGUAUUUUGUAUGAUUGCUGGGCAAAUGUAACUUUACAUGGAGAAUCACUGUGGGUUGACUAUAGAAUAGACAUGGGCACGCUAUUAAAGGGACAGAAUGUGGUGAGCAUGUAGCAGCCGCUUGCAGAGAGCAACACUGUGUGUGUGUGUGUGUGUGUGUGUGUGUGUGUGUGUGUGUGUGUGUGUGUGUGUGUGUGUGUGUGUGUGUGUGUGUGUGUGUGUGUGUGUGUGUGUGUGUGUGUGUGUGUGUGUGUGUGUGUGAACUUGACGUGUCCCACGCCCACUGAAUGUAUCUUGAGAGCUUGUGGCCCCCUGCCAACACAUGUGUUGUGCCUUGGAACAAUAAAAACAAA